AUGGCUCAGUAUGACAGUGACGUCACUGACAUUCAACUGAGGGGAGAUGGCACAGUGCAUCUCGUCUCAUAUGGACUCCCAUUUCUUCGUUUUACCAAAGCAGGCAAGUCAGCCAAGCCAACGCCUGCUGCCGCUGCCGCCGCUGCAGCUGCUCUCAUCUGGCGAGACGUGCGCUUGCCUGAAGGGCAGGUGAAGAGGGAGAUGGGCGUGGGGGCUGAGCAACGGGGAUUCAGCGCCCCCGGCAAUGGAGACUUAGCAGCAGCAGUGCUAACGGGAUGGCCUGGGGCGUCAGGAGCAGUGCAAGCAGGCAUGGCCGCAGCAGCCGUAGCAGGGAGGAACGGGGCAGCAGUGGAUGCAGGGGGGACGUCCAGUGUGGGCGCAGCACAUACAGCGGAGUCAGGGCAUGAAGACAGGUCAUCUCUCGGCAAUCGAAACAGUGGGCGGGGGAGAGAGGCGAGCCAGGGGAGAGGGGGAGGAGCGGGGGGGAGAGGAGUGGGGGGGAGUGGGGGUGUGGGGGCGGGGGCAGGAGUGCGUGGAGGGAGUGGGGCGAACUGGUUCGGGGAUCGGGGAGGGGAGGAUAAUCCGAUCGCUUUGAGUGAUAGUGAGGGGGAGGAGGACGUUCCAGCAACAAAUACUGCUGUGGGAAGGGCAGUACCGAGUAGCUCUGGUCAACCCCAGCUGCAAAAGGGGCAGCAGGGACAGCAGGGACAGGGGCAGCAGCAGCAGCCGGAGCAGCGAGCAGACGUGAACACAUUGCUGGACGUCUGGAGGGAUGACCGGAGGGCUGAGCCAGCGAGCACAUUUGACCGCUCCUAUGGUGCAGUUGAGAGAGCAGACACGUAUGGCGCUGCUGGCGCUGAUGCCGGUGGUGAUGCAAGUGGGAGGGAGGAGGAGGAGGAGGAGGAGGAGGAGGAGGAGGAGGAGGAGGAGGAGGAGGAGGAGGAGGAGGAGGAGGAGGAGGAGGAGGAGGAGGAGGAGGAGGAGGAGGAGGAGGAGGAGGAGGAGGAGGAGGAGGAGGAGGAGGAGGAGGAGGAGGAGGAGGAGGAGGAGGAGGAGGAGGAGGAGGAGGAGGAGGAGGAGGAGGAGGAGCGGAGGAGAGAGGACGGGGGUUCGGGAGUGAAGCAGCAGCAGUGGCAGCACGGGGAGGGAGAGAUGAAGGGGUGGGGGAGGGGCGCACUGGGGGGGCAUCUGCAGUGCAAGCAGGAAUGGCAACGGGAGGAAGAGGAGGAGCGGGAGGGGUGA